AUGAACAAUAGAUCAUACUCAAUAUUAACCAAACAAAUUGUCAAUAAUUCUAAACAUGAAAAAGAUUUACCAGAAAAUGUUUUUUGCUCUGUUUGCAAUGUAUAUAUGAAUAGAAUUAAAAGAUCUCAAAUAUUUGAUACCCAUCAAGAACAUAAUGUAUUUUUAUCAGAUAGGACUAAAGAAUGUUGGCAUUCUAUUGAUCGUUUACAAACUCUUCAUAACAACUUACAUCCAACAGUGGAUUAUACUUGUAGUUCAGAAAGACAGCUAAAAUUAAAUCCCUAUUUAAUUUUGGAUACGGAUCCUAUAUUGGACAAUUUAAGCAACUCAAAUGCAUUAUCUAGAUAUUCUCAUUCAUUAGGAAAGAAAAAGAAAAAUUAUAUAACACUUUCUAAUCAUGAAAUUAAACAGAAUGAUAGGCAUAAUAAUGUUUUUCAAUAUUACAAUAAUCCAAGACAAUGGGAAGAAAAUGAGGACUGUGAAGAUCAAGAAGAAUUCAAAAAUAACGAUCAAUUUAAUUAUACAUCAAUUAAAAAAUAUGAUAUGCAUACAAGACAACCUCCUGCCUAUUGUAAGUGUAUGGUACCACCAAUGGUUCCUCCUAAGACUUCUAUUUCUACAAAUUGUAUUCAGAAUGUAGGAUGCUUUUCUUUAAACACAGAUAGUCAUUUUAAUUAUACAAAUCCAAAGAAUAAAGAUCUGAUUAAUAUUUCAAAUCAUAAAACGCUUGUCAACCAUGCACGGAGAGCUACAUUUGUGCCUGUAGAAUCAAAAGAAACAUUUAUAUCUAUUAAAAAUAUUAAAGAUACCCCUAUAGUAAAAGAGUCAUCGAUGAUUACUAAAAGAGACAAACAAAUUCUAGAACAAAUAAGUCCAAAACCAGAAUUAGAACUUAAUAUUGAUAUCUAUGAAAAAUCAAAAUCAAAAUUACCCAAUAAAAAUAAUAAAACUCUAAGUCAAAUUGAUAAUAUAAAUGACAUAUCUGUGCUUCCAUUUAAUUCAUUAAAAACACACGUAGACUUAAGUACAUCAGAAAUUGCUCAAAAAAACAUAGAAUCUCCAGUAGUGCAAACCAUUAACAAGGGUAUAGAAAAAGUCUUAUUAACUGAAGAACCAAAUAAAAUAGUUUUUAAUGAUUUUUUUUCAGGUCCUCAAAACCAAAAUGAUAAUCCUGAAUAUCAUUCAGCCUUAAGACCUAGUUUAUUUUCUUAUAUGCCACCAUACAUAAGAUUUUAUUCACAUGAUAUUAAAGGUGAGUCAUUUCCAUUAUCUUUGCAAAGUAUAUUAAAGUGGAAAUUAAGUUCUAUAACUCCAAUUGUUGUACGGCGAACUAUUCAAAAUAGUGGUUUUAAACUCGUUAGGAAAUCUAAUGAUUGGGUUGGAACUUGGGGCAAGCAUAUGAAAUCAUUUUGUUUCAAAAAACUUCGGGAACAGCAAAAGCUUAACCAUUUUCCGGGUACUUAUGAAAUUGGUCGCAAAGAUCGAUUGUGGAAAAAUUUGAAUAGAUUAAUAAUAAAAUAUGGUAAAGAACAAUUUGGCUUUGUACCCACAUCAUAUAUAUUACCUCAGGAAGCCCACAUUUUACGACAAGUUUGGGAGAAAAAUGAUGAAAAUAAAUGGAUUGUUAAACCACCAGCAUCAUAUAGAGGAACUGGAAUUCGUGUUAUAUCAAAAUGGGGUCAAAUACCAAAGAAAGUACCUAUAGUUGUACAAAGGUACAUAGAUAAUCCAUAUUUAAUCAAUGAUACUAAAUUUGAUUUAAGACUCUAUAUACUCAUCACUUCAAUUAAUCCACUUCGUCUAUAUCUUUAUGAUAACGGGCUUGUACGAUUUGCUUCAGUUAAAUAUUCAUCUGAUCUUACUACUAUAUGUGAUCGAUAUAUGCAUUUGACAAAUUACAGUAUAAAUAGACUUAGUAGCCAGUUUACUGAAAAUGAAGAUGCUAAUGCAUGCCAAGGUCAUAAAUGGACAUUACGAUCAUUAUGGACUUAUAUGAAGAAAGAACGCAAUAUUGACGUUAAAGAUUUAUGGGAGAGUUUAAAAGAUUUGGUUGUAAAAACUAUCAUUAGUGGUGAAUUACCUAUGAAUAAAAUAUGUCGUUCAAAUCUAAGUAGUAGAUAUAACGCAUAUGAGUUAUUUGGAAUAGAUGUUUUGUUCGAUGAAUAUCUUAAACCUUGGAUAUUAGAGGUAAAUAUAUCUCCUUCAUUACAUUCAUCUUCUCCACUUGAUUUGGCUGUCAAAGGACCAUUAGUCAAAGACUUAAUGAAUAUGGCUGGCUAUCAUAUUCCAAACAAAAUGUCUCGUAGUACACAUAAUACUUUACUCAAGACAUUAGGUGUCAAAUCACCACUAUGUUAUGAUAAAAGAAUAUAUACAUUUAAUUUAUCUGCAAAAGAAAAAGAAAAACAAGAAUAUUAUAAACAUAUUAAAUCUAGAGAAGAAUAUAUUGAUAGUAUAUUAGAUAAUCUAUUACCAGAUGAUAUUCGGCAUCUUAUUAUUUAUGAAGACGAACUUACACAAAUUGGCUCUUUUCAAAAAAUAUUUCCAACCACUUCAUCAUUUAAAUAUCAUCAAUACUUUUUUGGCUUCAGAUAUUAUAAUAUGCUUUUUGAUGCAUGGGAAUAUAAAUAUGGUAACAACAGAGAAGAAGGUAUCAUUGUGCUAAAAAAGUUAUGUCACUCAAAAGUACACUUGGAAGUUCCAGACAACGAUGAAAAAGAAUCAAAAAUUUGCAGCAUCCACCAAAAUGCACAAAUUGAAGUUGAAAAAAUGUUGGGAAAAUCAUGUGUUGAUAAAAUAAGUGACCGUCAUCAAACAGCUAUUAGGUAAUCUGAUAACUGGUCUCGU